ACCACUCGAAACAGCGGAAAUAUUCCCAAACUCUCCUCUCCCUCUCCCCCUACAUCUCACCUUCACAUUUUGACGAGAAAAAAGAAAGAAAGAAAAAAAAAAAAAAAAAGCCCUAACCCUAGAGAGAGAAAGAGAGCAACCAAGAGAGAGAAAAUGUCGUGGCAAGCGUACGUCGACGAUCACCUGAUGUGCGAAAUCGACGGCCAGCAUCUCACGUCCGCCGCCAUCCUCGGCCACGACGGCAGCGUCUGGGCUCAGAGCGAGAACUUCCCUCAGUUCAAGCCUGAGGAGAUUAAUGCUAUUAUUAAGGACUUUGAUGAACCUGGAACUCUUGCACCGACCGGAUUAUACCUUGGUGGUGCAAAAUACAUGGUUAUCCAAGGCGAACCAGGGGCUGUUAUUCGAGGAAAGAAGGGUACAGGAGGUGUUACAAUCAAGAAAACUACUCUUGCUUUAAUCUUUGGCAUUUAUGAUGAGCCAAUGACUCCUGGGCAGUGCAAUAUGAUUGUUGAGAGGCUUGGUGAUUAUCUCAAUGAACAGGGAUUUUAGGUUGUGUUCCCUUUUUCUAUUCGGGUUUGGUGUGGUCCCUUGCAUUGCAAUGCUUGAAAUGAAUAAUUGUCAGUUCAACAAUUAUGUGGACUCUCGUAAGGGGUUUGAUAUUUGGUUAAUGUGUUUGUUAUGAUCCAUGUCCCAUCAAAAUUCUGUCUGUAUUUUUCCUUUGAUUGGGGUUAUUGUGGCAUUUUAAGGUGAGUUGUGAUGAUUAUUCAUAAGUUAGGUUUGCAUGUUAGAAAAAGUUGUGUUCUAUUUGAAUUUCUUUUUGAUGUGGUAUAAGUGGCUUCUUGUGGUAUUGGUUAUCGCAAUAAACAAUGUAUAUCAUUUUGCAGGUGAUGUAUUCUUUGAGUUC